GGCAAUCCAAAGAGCGCUCGGUUAUCGACUCUUUCAGUCUUAAAUACUGAUCAUUAUCGACUAUUCUGGCCAUACCCGGAAAGCAGUCUUAUAACACAUGCUAAACACAUCCUUUCAAAAUAACUUAACUGUUUGAAAUCGGUUAGCGAAAAUUGCAUUAUAAGCACGGUCGCGUGGUGUUCAGCAGCAUGGCCAAUCAAGCCGUGGUCACAGUUCGUCUGGUCCGGUCAUUCGAGCACAGAAACUUCAAACCAGUAGUUUUUCACGGGGUCAGCUUGGACCAGACGGUGCAGGACUUCAUACAGCUGGUCAGAGACGAUAUUGUAACAAGACCAGGAAUUCCCCCGCCUUUCCGGAGCUAUGCCUUUGACACGAUGAAGAUAAUCCACCAAGCACAUGGUGCAAAGACUAAUGAACUGGUGAUGAGUUUAGAUGACGAUGAAAAUCUAAUUCUGCAAGAUGGCCUAACACUUAGAACUGCUGGUGUUGCAAAUGAAACAGAAGUGGCCUUUUUCAGGAAAGAAGACUACAGUCUCUAUAAAACAAAUCCCAAAAUUGCUUGGUGAACACAGUAUUUUACUCAUUCAGUGAGGAGAUUCUUUAUGGACAGAAGUCAAAAGGUUGAGUAUGCCAGGACCAAAAGGGGAAACAAAAUAAUGCCAUUCUGUUUAUUCUUUGAGAGUUUUACCUUUUGAAGUUGUUUUUAAAAUUGAUGCCUAUUAUGUAGCACACUGGCAUACCUUUUAAUGUCCAUUCUUUCUCUUGUAAUUGUUACCACAAAAAAGUUGUUUGCUUUUAUGCUGAAUAAAGGUUUCUGAUUUCUG